AUGGUCGUUGAGGAAGCUUCCAUCUUGAGUGCACCACCAUGGCGAGCGACUCCCCCGCCAGGAGUCUGGACGAGAUCGACCUGUCUGCUCUACGGGACCCGGCUGGCAUCUUUGAGCUGGUUGAACUGGUUGGGAAUGGCACCUACGGCCAAGUGUACAAGGGUCGCCACGUCAAGACUGGCCAGCUGGCUGCCAUCAAGGUCAUGGACGUCACAGGAGAUGAGGAGGAGGAGAUUAAAGCGGAGAUUAACAUGCUGAAAAAGUACAGCCACCACAGGAACAUCGCCACCUAUUACGGCGCCUUCAUCAAGAAGAAUCCUCCCGGCAUGGACGACCAGCUAUGGCUGGUGAUGGAGUUCUGCGGCGCCGGCUCAGUGACGGACCUCAUCAAGAACACCAAAGGGAACUCCCUGAAGGAGGAAUGGAUCGCUUACGUGUGCAGGGAGAUCCUCCGGGGUCUCACCCACCUCCACCAGCACAAGGUCAUCCAUCGGGACAUCAAAGGUCAGAACGUGCUGCUGACAGAGAACGCCGAGGUCAAGCUAGUGGAUUUUGGUGUGAGCGCCCAGCUGGAUCGCACGGUGGGACGGAGGAACACGUUCAUCGGGACGCCGUAUUGGAUGGCCCCAGAGGUCAUCGCGUGUGACGAGAACCCAGACGCCACCUACGACUUCAAGAGUGAUCUGUGGUCGCUCGGCAUCACGGCCAUAGAGAUGGCGGAGGGAGCGCCACCGCUGUGCGACAUGCACCCCAUGAGAGCGCUCUUCCUCAUCCCCAGAAACCCCGCCCCCAGACUCAAGUCAAAGAAGUGGUCCAAGAAGUUCCAGUCGUUCAUCGACGGCUGCCUGGUGAAGAGUCACGGUCAGCGGCCCAGCACCGAGCAGCUCCUCAAGCACCCCUUCAUCAGGGACCUUCCUAACGAGCGGCAGGUCCGCAUCCAGUUGAAGGACCACAUCGACCGCACCAAGAAGAGGAGGGGCGAGAGAGAUGAGACUGAGUACGAGUACAGCGGCAGCGAGGAAGAGGACGAAGAGCGGGACAUCGGCGAGCCCAGCUCAAUCAUCAACAUUCCCGGGGAGUCCACUCUAAGGCGGGACUUCCUGCGUCUCCAGCUGGCCAAUAAGGAGCGGUCGGAGCUGAUCCGGCGCCAGCAGCUGGAGCAGCAGCAGAACGAGGAGCACAAGCGCCAGCUGCUGGCCGAGAGGCAGAAACGCAUCGAGGAGCAGAAGGAGCAGAGGCGGCGGCUAGAGGAGCAACAGCGCCGCGAGCGGGACAUGAGAAAGCAGCAGGAGCGCGAGCAGAGGAGGCGCUACGAGGAGAUGGAGCAGAUCCGCCGCGAGGAGGAGAGGAGGCACGCCGAGAGGGAACAGGAGUAUAUCCGUAGACAGCUGGAGGAGGAGCAGAGGCAGCUGGAGAUCCUGCAGCAGCAACUCUUGCAGGAGCAGGCCUUACUGCUGGAGUACAAGAGGAAGCAGAUCGAGGAGCAGCGCCAGGCGGAGCGGUUGCAGAGGCAGCUGCAGCAGGAGCGCGCCUACCUGGUGUCCCUGCAGCAGCAGCAGCAGCAGGACCCACAGCGCCCCCCGCAGGACAAGAAGCAGCUCUACCACUACAAGGACCAGGCGCCUGGCGCCGCCAACGACAAACCCGCCUGGGCCAAGGAGGUGAUGCGUCGAGCUCAGAGCAACUCGCCUCGCGUUCCCCCCAAGAAGUACCACUCCUUUAGGCAGCCGCGCAACACCAACCUGGACAACCUCUUCCUGCUUCCCGGUUACAAACCUCGCCGGGCCCGACCCCCUUCCUACCCCGCCCACGGCAGCCCCUCCAGGAGUUACGACCACAAGCACCAGCGCCACGGCCACAUGCCGCUAAUCCGCGUCACCUGCGUGCCGGAGUCCACCCCUGCGCGUCGCAGGGGGAGCCCGGAUUUCCGAGGGCGGAGUCCCAGCCGCCGGGUGGACGAGCGUUAUGUGAUCAACAGACAGACUUCUCCUGCCUUGCAGCAUAAAGUCUCCAACCGAAUCUCGGACCCCACGAUGCCGCCCCGCUCCGAGUCCUUCAGCAGCGGCGGCAUCCAGCAGGCCCGGACUCCGCCAAUGCACCGCUCCGUGGAGCCGCAGAUGGCCCACCUGGUGCAGGUGAAGAGUCACGGGCUGUCAGGCUCGCAGUCUCUGUACGACCCCCACGGCGUGUCCUCCUCCACGGUGUCGCCCUCUCCCUCCCGACCUCCCAUGCCUCGGCAGAACUCCGACCCCACCUCAGACACCCCUCCUCCCAUGCCUCUCUCACGCCUGGCGCCCCCUCUUGACAAGCUGGACCGCAGCUCCUGGCUGCGGCAAGACGACGACAUGCCCCCCAAGGUUCCUCAGCGGACCACGUCUAUCUCCCCGGCUUUGGUCAGGAAGACCUCACCUGGGAACGGGCCUGGACUGGGACCCCGGGCUGGAGCACACCUCAUACGGGCCAGCAACCCUGAUCUUCGGAGGACUGAUGUCUCCAUGGAUGCACCCCUGAAGAGGGCGAGCAGUGGCAGCUCCAGCUCCAGCACCCCCAGCUCACAGGGGGGCUCCAACGAGCGAGCAAAUGCAGCCAUGAAGACAGAAGGCACAGUUCCAUCGGACGAGACCAAGGACGACAGCAGAGAUGUGUCGCGACCCAGCCGGCCUGCAAGCUAUAAGAAAGCUGUAGACGAGGACCUCACGGCGUUGGCCAAGGAGCUGCGGGAGCUGCGACAGGGCGAGGAAACCAGCCGCCCGCCCGUCAAGGUCACGGACUAUUCCUCGUCCAGCGAGGAGUCUCACAGCAGCGAGGAUGAGGACGGCGAGGGGGGCGCCAACGACGGAACGGUGGCCGUGAGCGACAUCCCUCGCAUCAUGCCGGCGGCCAGCAAAGGAGGGAGCGAGGGCAUGAUGGGAGGACACAACGACUCGCACGGAAACAACUCCCGGGACGGCACCCUAAUGAUGCGUGAGAGACGUGGCGAGCGGAGGCGGAGCUCCACCGCCAGCAACGGCGUCCUCGGUAUUGCUAAUCUCUUUGCCGACACCUCCGAGCUCCCCGAUUUGGUGCAGCCAGGCACUUCCCCCCCGGUCGCCCAAUACGGGAUGGGAGGCGGCGGUGGCCUCAGCUCCAAGGCCUCCUUCACGCCAUUCGUGGAUCCGAGGGUUUACGGGACUUCUCCGACGGACGACGAGGACAACAUCUCCGCUUCAGCCAUGUUUGCCGACGAGCUGCUGAAGCAGGAGCAGGCGCGCCUCAAUGAAGCCCGCAAGAUCUCGGUGGUCAACGUUAACCCCACCAACAUCCGACCGCACAGCGACACGCCGGAGAUCCGCAAGUACAAGAAGCGCUUCAACUCCGAGAUCCUGUGCGCUGCUCUGUGGGGAGUGAACCUGCUGGUGGGAACCGAGAACGGCCUGAUGCUGCUGGACCGCAGUGGGCAGGGCAAAGUCUACAACCUCAUCAACCGCCGCCGCUUCCAGCAGAUGGACGUCCUGGAGGGUCUCAACGUCCUGGUCACCAUCUCAGGCAAGAAGAACAAGCUGCGCGUGUACUACCUGUCUUGGCUGAGGAACAGGAUACUCCACAACGACCCCGAGGUGGAGAAGAAGCAGGGCUGGAUCACCGUGGGCGAGCUGGAGGGCUGCGUGCACUACAAAGUCGUCAAGUACGAGAGGAUCAAGUUCUUGGUGAUCGCCCUGAAGAACGCAGUGGAGAUCUACGCCUGGGCUCCUAAACCUUACCACAAGUUCAUGGCCUUCAAGUCCUUCACGGAGCUGCAGCACCGCCCCCUGCUGGUAGACUUGACAGUGGAAGAAGGGCAGAGGUUAAAGGUCAUCUACGGCUCCAGCGCAGGCUUCCACGUCGUCGAUGUGGACUCUGGUAACCCCUACGACAUCUACAUCCCCUCACAUAUUCAGGGUCAGGUGACCCCGCACGCCAUCGUGGUUCUGCCCAAGACGGACGGCAUGGAGAUGCUGCUGUGUUACGAGGACGAGGGCGUCUACGUCAACACCUACGGCCGCAUCACCAAGGAUGUGGUGCUGCAGUGGGGCGAGAUGCCCACUUCUGUCGCCUACAUCCACUCCAACCAGAUCAUGGGCUGGGGAGAGAAGGCCAUCGAGAUCCGCUCGGUGGAGACGGGACACCUGGACGGUGUUUUCAUGCACAAGCGAGCUCAGCGGCUAAAGUUCCUGUCCGAGAGGAACGACAAGGUCUUCUUCGCGUCCGUGCGCUCCGGAGGCAGCAGCCAGGUCUUCUUCAUGACCCUCAACAGAAGCUCCAUGAUGAACUGGUAACCCACUCUUGACACGCCAUGGGGGUGUAGAAACCUUGUCGUCAGGCGCUGUCGCCCAGGAGCUCCACUUGAGGCUCGCGGUCACUCUCGACAGCCACGGACUGCGAUGACAUGACGCCGAGUAGCCUUUGACUCUCCCCCCCCCCCUGUGGCCGUCUGGGGAACUGCGGACGCGUUGUAGCACAUCACUUCCUACCCUCCCGCCCCGUACUUCCUGGAUCUGCUCCAACGCCAAAUCCCUUGUCGAUUGGGCGAAUUAAGGGUUUUUGUCGCAUAAUAGCAAACGAGUAGAUCACUUUGGGCAUCUUGAAGGAAAAAGAGGGAAAGCAACUUCUCAACAAAGAUGAUAGCAAAGCUUUUUCGGGAGUUUCCGGUCAGUUUUGGUAGUCAGGAGUGAACAUCCGUAAUUAACUCGACCAUUCCCUCCCUUUCCUUGUCCCGUCACUGGAAAGUCACAUUUUCUUUUGCUUUCCUUCAAGUUCAGACAGAGUAGCGUUUAUUUUUUUCUCAGUGAACCAAGCCACGGGCUGGUUGGCCCAUGAAAAAGAAAAAUCUCAACAAUUUGCGAUGCAGCAGAGGCGGAUAUCUUGUAGCUAAUUCUUCUGAGUAUUCUUUGAGCGACGUGCUCCUCUUGCAUUUAGACCACUUGACAAAGGGUGCUGCUCACAUUCAUCAAAGUGCUGCUCAAAGACCUUCUUGUCUCGCCUAGUGCCGCCAAAAUGACACCAGGGCAGACCUUUUCAUACCUGGCUGCUGCUGUCUGCGCGCAAUGCAACUGUGUAAAUACUCACUUGUUCUUUGUUUUUGUGGGGGGCACACCCGGAUUGUAGUCUCCUCCACGGGUGGGAGUUUUGCACAACAUUGUCACUUUGUGCAUGCCAACUCACCUUGUCGUCACCCCCUUUGAUCGGACACAACGUGACAACAAGAACAAAAACGUACCAGCAGACACGUGUUCAUAGCAGAGCUGGUUACGGUUCCCUUCACCUUUGGGGAUCCUGGGACCUUUGAGGGUUUUUCCGUUGCUUUUGAAGAUGGCAUCAUGCAACAGGAGUCGUAAUGGGAUUCAUCUCAAGAUUGGCGUUGUCCGUUGGUCGAUAAGUUAUUUUUAGCUCCCGUAUUUUUCGGAUUAUAAGUCGCUCCGGAGUAUAAGUCGCACCGGCCAAAAAUGCAUAAUAAAGAAGGAAAAAACAUAUAUAAGUUGCACUGGAGUAUAAGUCCCAUUUUUGGGGGAAAUUUAUUUGAUAAAAGCCAACACCAAGACUAGACAUUUGAAAGGCAAUUUAAAAUAAAUAAAGAAUAGUGAACAACAGGCUGAAUAAGUGUAUGUUAUAUGAGGCAUAAAUAACCAACUGAGAACGUGCCUGGUAUGUUAACGUAACAUAUUAUGGUAAGAGUCAUUCAAAUAACUAUAACAUAUAGAACAUGCUAUACAUUUACCAAACAAUCUGUCACUCCUAAUCGCUAAAUCCCGUGAAAUCUUAUACGUCUAGUCUCUUACGUGAAUGAGCUAAAUAAUAUUAUUUGAUAUUUUACGCUAAUGUGUUAAUAAUUUCACACAUAAGUCGCUCCUGAGUAUGAGUCGCACCCCCGGCCAAACUAUGAAAAAAACUGCGACUUGUAGUCCGAAAAAUACGGUAUAUACGCUGGAGCUCCCCCAUUGACUCCCUUUUAUAAUGGCCAUUUUUCGAUAUACUGUAAACCUUUUUCAAAUGUUCUUGUAAUCAGACCAUAUUUUUGGUACAUUAGAUGGAAUCUUUACCUGACAUGUUUCCUGAAAGACUGUUGUCUGCAGUCUUCUUCAGUCUACCAAUCAGGUAGACUCGACAGGUCUUAGAACAGCUGAUAGGCAACAGGUCACAGUGGUCCGGUGACCCUUCUGAAGAAGACUGCAGGCGACAGUGGAAACAUGUCAGGUUAAGAUUCCAUCUAAUAUACCGAAAAUAUGGUCUGAUUACAAGAACAUUUGGAAAAGUAUUUGAAUAAGAAGACAUAAUGAGCCUUUUUGAGCAUACUGUAAACCUGUGAUUUUAUAACGCUCUGUCCACGGGAACCUAUUAAAUCCAAACAUUUCCCUCUCAAAAUACAGCUGGAACUCAAAAAAUUAGAAUAGUAUUCGAAAAUUCUUUCAUUUCAGCAUUUCCACAUCAAAUGUGAAACUAAUUGUGUGAAUGCUCCAAAAUGCAUCUAUUUAUUCUUUUUCUUCUUCUCCAGAUUUUGGCUCGCUCUACCUUCUCUACCUUCUGAUUCAAACCGUUCCAACUUCACACUGUUCAGCCUAUGGCUUAUAUAAGGCUUUCCCUUGACAAAUUCAAAAAAUUCCCAUAAUUCCAGGUUUUCCGGGACAUUUUACCCAUUCAAAAUGAAUUGGCCAUUUUUCAAACUUCCACCAUUUCCACAUUUUCCAACUGAUUCAAACCAUUCCACCUUCAACGUAUUCCACCAUUCUGGACAUUCAAAUGAUAAUUUUUCCAAGUUAAAAAAAUUCCAGGAAUUGCCAGAAUUUUUGUUUUUUUUCAACCCCUUUUUUCACGCUUUUUCCUGUCGACUACUCCUUUCACAUUUUUCAACCCACUUCAUUCAACCGUUGCACCAUCGAAACAUUCCUCUUAAUCAGGACAAAAAACUAAGCUGUUUUUUGAACUGCAAAAAUUCCCAGUUUUCCCAAAAUUCCAGGAAUUCCAUAAUACCAUUUCUCAAUUAAAAAUGUCACUACUUAAACAUUUCUCGACCAAUUUGAAAAAUUCUAACACCAGCCAUUUCAACUCAUUCAGAACAUUCACAGUUUUUAGCAUUUUCAAAAAAAUUCCCAAAGUUCAAAGAAAGUCCAAAAUUUCAAAGAAAUUCUCAAAUUUCUGAGAAAUUACCAAAUUUCAGAGAAAUUCCCAUAUUUCAAAAAAUUCCAGGAAUUCCCAGAAAUCCCGUUUUUUUUUCAACCCCUUUUUUCACCCUUUUUUCUGUCGACUACUCCUUUUACCUUUUUCAACCCACUUCAAACGUUCUGCCGACAAAACUUUCCUCUUAAUCAGGACAAAAAACAAGGUUGUUUUUUGAACUGCAAAAAUUCCCGGAUUUUCCUGAAAUUCCAGGAAUUCCAUAAUACCAUUUCUAUUAAAAAUGUUGCUACUUCAACAUUUCUCGACCGAUUUGAAAAAUUCUAACACCAAUCAUUUCAACUCAUUCAAAACAUUCACGUUUUUGAGCAUUUUCAAAAAAAAAUCCUGCUUUUCCCGAAAUCCCCAAAUUUCAAAGAAAUUCUCAUUGAAAUGAAUGGGACAAAUUUUUCCAAGUUGCACAAUUUCCAAAUUUUUCAACCUAUUCAAACCGUUCCAACUUCAACGCAUUCCACUCAUCCUGGACAUUCAAACAAUAAUUUUUCCAAGUCAAAAAAAAAUUCCAUGAUGAACUGGUAACCCACUUCAACCGUUCCACCGUCAAAACUUUCCUCUCAAUCAGGACAAAAAAACGAAGUUGUUUUUUGAACUGCAAAAAUUCCCAGUUUUCCCAAAAUCCCAGGAAUUCCAUAAUACCAUUUCUCAAUUAAAAAUGUCACUACUUAAACAUUUCUCGACCGAUUUGAAAAAUUCUAACACCAACCAUUUACUGAAUUUUCAAUCAGAACAUUCAAAUUUUUGAGCAUUUUCAAAAAAAUUCCCAAAUUUCAAAGAAAUUUCCAAAUUUCAAUUUUUUUUCCAUAUUUCAAAGAAAUUUCAAAAUUUCAAAGAAAUUUCAAAAUUUCAAAGAAAUUUCAAAGAAAUUUCAAAAUUUCAAAGAAAUUCCCAUUGAAAUGAAUGGGACGUUUUUCCAAGUUGCACAAUUUCCACAUUUUUCAACCUAUUCAAACCGUUCCAACUUCAACGCAUUCCACUUAUCCUGGACAUUGAAACAAUAAUUUUUCCAAGUAAAAAAAAAAAAAAUUCCAGGACUUCCCAGAACCCCUUUUUUCACCCUUUUUUCUGUCGACUACUCCUUUCACAUUUUUCAACCCACUUCAACCGUUCCGCCGUCAAAACUUUCCUCUUUAUCAGGACAAAAAUUCCCGCUUUUCCCGAAAUUCCAGGAAUUCCGUAAUACCACUUCUCAAUUAAAAAUGUCACUACUUCAACAUUUCUCGACCGAUUUGAAAAAUUCCAACACCAACAAUUUAAACUCAUUCAAAACAUUCGCAUUUGUGAGCAUUUUCAAAAAAAAUCCCGCUUUUCUCGAAAUUCCUAAAUUUCAAUGAAAUUCCCAUUGAAAUGAAUUGGACAUUUUUCCAAGUUGCACAAUUCCAACAUUUUUCAACUUAUUCAAACCAUACCAACUUCAACACAUUCCACUCAUCCUGGAAAUUCUAACUAACACUUUCCCAAGUUCCAAACCAAAUUCCAGUUUUCCUGGAAAUUCAAACUCUUCAACAUUAAAACCAUUUCCACAUUCAAACUAUUCUUACAUUCAUACUACAUUCUGUCAGCAUUUCACUUCAACCUCAGCAUUGGAGCAUUCACACGCUAUUCCUUCAGGACUAUGCUAACAUGCUAACAAUAACAUGCUUAGUUCUCAUUAGUGAAAAAGCAAAAGAUGAACUGCUAAAUACCUGUUGAAUUACCUAAAAAGCUAGCAUGCCAAUGUUAACUGUAACAUGCGACAAGUACUAAAAUAAAUUACUAUGUUUUUACCUGAAAAAUAUGACGAAGGCCUGUAAACCUACAAAAAAAAAGCAUACAGGUAUCAUACGUCAAGUAACUGCAAAACUAGCACAUGUCUAACAAUUGUGACGCAGGCUGUUUUAAAAUGAGCUACGGGCUACAUUUUGGACACCCCUAGUUUAAACGCUUCACUCAUGGUUCUGCUGUACCAUUAACGUUGUGUUUGGCACUUUUUCACUUUGGCCCUCGGAGUCAAAAGGUUUGGGCACCCAUGAUCUAGAACAGGGGUGUCAAACUUGUUUUCAUUGGGGGCCACAUCGCAGUUAUGGCUGCCCUCUGAGUGCCACUUGUAACAUUGAAUAAUAUAUACAUUUUAAAUUGCUUCAUUACACAAUUAUUUAUUGUUAUAUAUUUUUACGUACACUGUAAGAAAAAUAUGUAGAUUUUAGAGUAAAGUUUAGCAGUGUUAUGUUUUUAUGCUAACAUUUUGGCAAUGGAUACUGUAAAUGUAAAUGGGAAAAAAGUACCACUGUUUUACUUCUACGGUCGUUGUUUUUAUGGUGUAUUACUGUAAAUGGAAAAACAAUAUUACAUGUUUUUACUGUAAAAUUCUGGCAACUGAGUUACCAGUUUUUUACCGAAAAAUAUUUUUUACAAUGUACAAUUUGAUGGAUAACUUAAUUCAAAAUCAUGAGUCAAGCAGAUCUUGAAGUCCUUUUUUUGAUAUUUGUUGCAUUAGAUUAAGUUCAAAAUAUGUGAAAAUGCAUGUAUUUUUUUUCCUGUCAAAAUAGAAAGUUGACUACAUUUAGAAAGAAAUAGACGCAUGGUAAUUCCAGGCCUUUGCGGGCCACAUAAAAUGAGGUGACGGGCCAGAUAUGGCCCCCGGGGCUUGAGUUUGACACGUGUGAUCUAGAGAUUUAGUCGUUUUCAAAAGUUUACAUACACUUGUAAAGAACAUAAUGUCAAGGCUGU